CGGAAGGCCAUGCAAUCCUCUACCCAGCUCGGAAUGCCUUUGCCCAAAUACUGCAGUGUGGCCACAACACUGAAGACCCCUGGCUGGAACUGUGCUGCUCCAUUCUGGGAUCUCUCCUUCACCUGCCCCUUUGCCCUCCGAGCACCCUACAUCCCCAGGCAUCAUGCUCUCACAAGGUAUUCUUCUUAUCACCAGUAUCUCCACAUUGCUGACCCAGCAUGGCAGGGGCCUGGCUGGCUGGGAAGAGUUGGAGGUGCCACUGACACUUGGGUCCUGGCUAGAAGGGAACCAGAUGGCUUUUAUUACCUGGCUCAAAUAAAGGCAGCUCCAGAGCUAGAAAAGCAGGGGAUCCUGCUUGUGGAAUAUGAAGUUCCCCUUGUAAUGUGCCCAAACCUGCCACCCCAGAAGCAGAGUGUGGUCUUAGAAGAAGAUGUCAUUCAACUCUCACCAUCCAGAGACUAUUCACUGCAACCUGGGGACAAGGUGCUGGCACCCUGGGAGGCAGACCGACAGCGGUAUGGUCCUGGCACUGUUCUCUUAGGCUUGGAGACAAAAGAUCCUCAGAGAGCAUCAAAGGAAGAAAUCACUGUUCACUUCUGGAAUGGCAAGACAGCUAAAGUGCCUCAAGGUGGGGUCAGGUGGGUGCCCCCUGCUGCCUGGAAGAAGGCUGUGGAGAGGCUGCACUGGCCUUGCACCAGGGAGGACCUCAGUCCCCUCCUCUGGGCCCCUUGCUGCUCUCUGUUGGGGCCAGUCACUGGAUGCACCACCAACCUGCCUCCUCUGGAUGCUCCUUUCCUGUGCCCUCCCUGCCAACCCCAUGCCUGCUGCCGGCUGCUGUGCCAGGGCUGCUUCUGCUGCUGUUCCUUGAUGGACCCCACCUGGUGGCCUCUAACUAGGACUUCAGAGAUCACAGCCAGGGAAUUCCUGGAGUCAGUACUGAUGCCCACAGCACAACUUUUGCCUCUGGAGGGUUCUAAAGAGGAGGCAGUAGCAGUGCAUGCUCCCAUGGCUGUUUCUUCCUCCUCCUCUUCUUCUUGUGAAGAGUCAGAGAAUGAGCUGGAGAUGGGCCUUCCCCAGAGACUGAUGGUGAACAGCGCAGUCAACACUGACCCCAUCCUUCCUGAGAAGUGUUGGAGGCAGAGUGGCCCCUGCCAGCCUGAGUGGAGGUAUUGGAGGAGGAAUGGAUCUGAACCACGUCCUGGGAAACCAGGAACAAGAGGUUGCAACAUCUGGAAAGAAGAGAAGGACAACAAACAGCAGAGAGUACAAACUGCAGUAGUGGGGACUACCAAGGAGCUGACCCUGAAAGCAACCAAUGUGAAGCCACUGCAGACCCUGCCAGAGGAAGCUGAACAUAGAAAACUAAGUCAGGGACACAUCCAAGGGACAAGAAUUCCCAAGAAUUCAAACUAAAAGCCCUGGGGGGUCUAG